AGAGUGCGGUGCUCUAGGAAAGCAAUUGUCCAUUUCACAGCAUUCCCAUGCCGUACGGCCGCCUAGCCUUGCCUGUUCUCGCCUGGCGCGUACCACAGUCUAUUAGGCGUUACAUAGCUCAGAGCUUCGCUUUCACAACUAUAUACCUUUUACCAUCCCAUAUUUGUCCAUAUUGCCGCCUCGCUACGGCAUUCCUCUUCGUCCUUUUCCCUAUAUUCCCACUAAUAUUAGAAUAGAAAAGGGCGCUCGACAUCUCUAGUAUUAAUGGCUCUCUCUUGAUAGGCUGCUGCCUCCCCGUCCUUGCUUCCUCAUCCUGCGGGCGAUCGCGGAAGGUGCCAUGUUACUCACUGGCCAGUGGCAACUUGGCUAACUGUCCUCUCCCCAUCGCGGUCUGCCCCGCUGGACGCAUGCCGCAGGUAUACUUGGCAUUUCUUCAAAUACGCUUUUGCAUUGUCGCCAGUCUGUCGGCGCCCGCGGAUAUGGAAAGGCCUUGACACAUUUGAUACUCCAGGGUUACUUGCCCUCCUCCACGAAACCUGGCAGGCGAUCCAUAUGCUUCAUUGAUAUCGCAUCCGCCGGUACAACACGAUGAUUUCUCAGAUGGAAAUUGAACCCACACACGCGGCGAACGCUGAGCGUCAAGCACUAGCCCGACGGCUCAGCGGUAGAGAACGCCUUGAAUGAGCAUCCACAUAUCCUAAUAAGCAAAAGAUUGUAAUGCUUUGUCUCCAUGAUUGGUUUAGUGAAUAGCUGUACAUAUUUCAGAAUAUCAAAUUAUGCGCACCAACGUCAAACCAUAAACUUUAUAUACUGACUGAUCAAU